UUAAGGAUCCACAGUUGUCACUGCAGUGAAGUGGCUUGGAUACUGACCUGCAGUAGGUUCGAGCCCUGUCCUGGGAAUUCCUAUAUGCCGUGGGCGCAGCCUAAAAAAAUAAAAACCAAAGGGACAGUUGGGUCACAAGUGUUUCCUAAGCAGGUACUCUGAGCUGCAGGAGAGAGAGUUCAAGUACAGGCGAUCCGUUUCUUUUCCCCACUGGCCCCGGAAAAGGAUCUCACUGCCCAGGAAGUUUCAUCUGGGAUCCCCGCAGCCUUGGCAAUGGCUCCAGGGUGACUUCUUGAGCCACCUCGGUUUCCCCGCCCCAGCCAAGCGGCCGAAAAGCACCUGGAAGCGCGGUCCGAGCCGGGAAAUGGGCCCACAAGCCCGGCCGGCGCUUCUGCUCCUGAUCCUCCUGCGGACCGUGGCCACGCAGGAGCGAGCGCCGCGGCCACACUCCCUGCUCUUCCUCUUCAUGGGCGCCUCGGAGCCAGAUCUCGGGCUGCCCCUGUUUGAGGCCUUGGGCUACGUGGACGACCAGCUGUUUGUGUCCUACAAUCACGAGAGUCGCCGUGCAGAGCCUCGCGCCCCCUGGCUCUCGGGUAAGGCCUCCAACCAACUGUGGCUGCAGCUAAGCCAGAGCCUGAAAGGGUGGGAUCACAUGUUCACCGUGGACUUCUGGACCAUCAUGGACAACCACAACUACAGCAAGAUAACGAAGCUGGGAGUGUUGCCAGAGUCCCACACCCUGCAGGUGAUCCUGGGCUGUGAAGUGCAAGCGGACAACAGCACCAGAGGGUUCUGGAAGUAUGGGUACGAUGGGCAGGACCACCUGGAGUUCCACCCUGAGACGCUGGACUGGGGGGCGGCAGAGCCCAGGGCCUGGGCCACCAAGCUGGAGUGGGAAGUCAGUAAGAUCCGGGCCAAGCAGAACAGAGCCUACCUGGAGCGGGACUGCCCGGAGCAGCUGCGGCGCUUGCUGGAGCUGGGGAGAGGGGCUCUGGACCAGCAAGCGCCUCCUUUGGUGAAGGUGACUCAUCACGUGGCCUCUGCGGUGACCACUCUACGCUGUCAGGCUCUGAACUUCUACCCCCAGAACAUCACCAUGAGGUGGCUGAAGGACAGGCAGCCACUGGAUGCCAAGGACAUUGAGCCCAGGGAUGUGCUGCCCAACGGGGAUGGGACCUACCAGAGCUGGGUGGCUUUGGUGGUGCUCCCUGGGGAGGAGCAGAGAUACAGCUGCCAGGUGGAGCACCCAGGCCUGGAUCAGCCCCUCACUGCCCGCUGGGGUAUGGAUGAGAGCCAGGGGCUGGGAAAACCUGGUGUGGAUGGGGUGGGAGUGGUUACCAAAGCAAGGGUCUGCCCUGGGCUGGGGCAGCGGUCACGGGCUCUCACUCGCUUUUGCUGUUUCAGAGCCCUCGCUGUCUGGCACCCUGGUCAUUGGAAUCAUCAGUGGGAUUGCUGUUUGUGUCAUCAUCUUUACUGGAAUUUUGUUCAGAAUCUUAAGGAGAAGGCAGGCUUUAAGAGCAGCCUCGGGGGACUAUGUCUUAGCCGAAUGUGAAUGAAGAGCAUGCUGCCUGCAGAUCUGGUGGGGAGGAGACCUAACUCUUUGAGACUCAAAGAGAGGGAGCUCUUGUGGCCUUCUUCAUGUCAAAAGACAGCUGGACCUAAAAAAUAAGAACUGUCUCAGGAACUCUCUGCUCUUAGCCUCUCCAGUUCCCUCUCAAAGAGCUUCCCCAUUUAGGUUCCUGAGUUCCUGCCUGCCGAGGGGCCCCAGCUGUGACCUCUCCCCCAGAAUCUGCUCUCCUGAAUCCCAAGCUGCUUCUAGAGCCAGUCUUCAUUUCCUGUGUCACCUCAGACUCCAUAUACCUACGUCAUCUCAUCUCCUAACCGUGGGAGGAGGCGUCUGAAAUUUGAGGGAUUCAUGAUUCCUUUAAACAUCUGAGAAAAGCUUUGAACCUUCACCUCAGGACAUACAUUCUAAUACACCUACCAGCAUUUGACACACACAUCCAGACAUUUCCUGGACCCACUCAAGUUUCCUUUUAAUUCUGUCUCUCUUAUUCAAGAACUCACCUGUCACCAAGCUCUGUGGUUUCUUCCAUCAGAGAGAGAUCUGGGCAGUAGUACAGCUCUGAAGGCUGUGCACUGCACAACCCGAGGAGGCGCAUUUUCCAGAAGAGGCAUCAUGCAUGUUUGAGUGUAAUAUGAGAGUUUUCCAGAAAAUGGGAGGGAAAUGCUUGAGAAGGGAUGUCGUUUUCUAGUUUGCACAAAGAUGCCAUAUAGGUUUCCUUAGGUUAAGGAUACUUGCAUUUGCAAUGGCUCUCGCUCCUAUAUGCCAGACUUGAAGUAGCACUGGACUUGGUCUCUGCUGAUACCCUCUCCUUGUUCAGUUAAUGAAAAUGAUAAUAAAGAUGAUUAUGACGAUGAUAA